AUGGGGCCGAGGUUUAGUUGGUGUAACUUCAUGAUCAAUACCAUUGCUUUGGAUUACAUUCAUAUUUCUUUAGUGAAACACUUGUUGCGUGUGGCUUUGGAUCACUGUCCGAUACUUUUGGAAGUUUUUAAACCUUUGGAGCAUAUCAAAAAUAUAAUCAGAUAUGAAGAAGUUUGGGCUUCUUAUUAUGGCGCUUCUGCUUUAGUGAAGAGUGUUUUGAGGAGAAAUUGUAAAGGGGAUCCGGCUUCAGUUCUUAAUGUGAAAUUCAAGAGGACUUUAAAAGCUCUGUUUUAUUGGAGCAAGGAAAAAUAUAAAGAUUUGAAUGUAAUUAGAGAUAAACUUAAGGAUGAGAUUUUGGAAAUCCAGUUGGAAGAAUCUGAAGGAGAGAUCUCUGUUGAGAGGCUGCAUAUUCUAAGAUUUAAAAUCAACGAACUUAAUAUUACUUUGGCUAGGAUCAAUACUUGGUGGAGGCAAAGAGCCAAAGCUAGAUGGAUGGAUGAAGGGAAUUAUAACACCUCUUUUUUUCAUGCGGUCGCAAAUGCAAGGAGGAGUUCGAACUGGAUUAACCAUAUCAAAACAGGUAGUGGUAUUUUUUCGGAGGAAGAAGCUGUGAUUUCUGAUACUUUUUCUGAUUUUUUCAGACAUAAGUGGAAAUUCAGAGACUGCAUUUUAGAUGGUUGGCCGAGACCUUCUAAUGUAAUUAGUUUGGAAGACCAGAGAAUGAUGGAUGCUGACUUCUUACAGAAAGAACUGCAGGUGGUGGUUGAGAGCUCUAAGAGGAGUAUUUAUCUUGGUAUUGAUGGGAUUUCUUUCUCCUUCAUAAAGGAUUUUUGGCAAAUAAUCAAAGGUGAUAUUUGGCUUGCGGUGGAACAGUUCCUGAAUUCGGGUGUUAUGAAUGAAUCUUGGAAGGAAACAUUGAUUGUUUUGAUCCCCAAGAUUAAGAGUCCACAAGAACCGGUUCAUUAUAGACCCAUUAGCCUUUGUUUAACUAUUUACAAGCUUAUUGCUAAGAUGCUCCUUAACAGAAUAGAGAGAAUCAUUCACAAGAUCAUAUCAACAUAUAAGGCAGCUUUUGUGAGGGCGCGUUCUUUAUCUGAUCAUGUGUUAUUGGAUCAGGAGGUGUUUAAUAAAUUCAGAUGGUCCAAGGCUAGAAGUGGUAUGUUUGCUAUCAAUCUGGAUAUGGAACAAGCUUACGAUAGUAUGGGGUGGCAAACAUUAAGGUUUCUGCACGGAGUGACAUACAUUGCGUUGCUUCGAAGUGGAAAGGCAUACCUCGGAGCAAUGAAGGAGCAUCUCAUCCAUGUCGCCGCUUCAAUCAGGCCAACUCCAUAUGCCGCGUUGAAGCAGAUAUGGGUGAAUCGGAAGAAUCGUAUGGAUCGUCAGGCCCUUGCAUGCGCAACAUAG